AUGAAUGACCCUCUUCCUAUUCCACAUGAGUGGUACCAGCCGGGUGGCCUCAUUAUUGGUGGGAUCGCUUCUCAGAUCUUUUAUACCUUUGAUAAACUUUCAUUCAAGAAACAUCCUUCUCAAGGAUUUUUUGAGAUUCCACAUGUGGUGACAAAGUUCUAUCAGCACAGUCUUGCCAUGUCAUUUGCAGUGAAUGAGAUCAACAGGAAUUCCAAGAUCUUGCCCAAUGUCACACUUGGUUUCCACAUCUAUGACAGCUAUUACAAUACAAGGAUGACCUACAGGACCACCCUGGAUUUGCUCUACAAACUGCAUAGAUUUGUCCCCAACUACAAAUGUGACACCCAGAAGAAACUGGUAGCCAUCAUUGGGGGUCUUGGCAUUGAAACCUCCUCCUGUAUAGCAGAGGUUUUACAGAUUUACAACAUUCCACAGCUCCAUGCAUAUCUUGAUGGCAUUUUGUUUAACAACUCAGCAAAGGAAACCAUGUCAUUUAAUGAAAAAAGGGAAAUGGGAGGAGAAUUUGAUGUUGUGAAUAUGGUGACCUUCCCAAACAAGUCCUUCCAGAAAGUAAAAGUUGGUAGGUUGGAUCCCUGUGCUCCUGAAGGAGAAGAACUCACAAUUAAUGAGGAUAUGAUUGUGUGGCACAGAUGUUUUAACCAGGUGCUUCCCAUUUCUGUCUGCAAUGCACACUGUCAGCCUGGUAAUGAAAAGAAAAAGAAGGAAGGGGAAAAGUUUUGCUGCUAUGAUUGCAAUCCAUGCUCAGAAGGGAAGAUUUCAAAUGAGACUGCCUUGGUGCUAGGCAUUUUCGUCAACCAGAGAGAUACGCCCAUAGUCAAAGCCAAUAACCGGGACCUCACCUACACUCUGCUCAUCUCCCUCCUGCUCUGCUUCCUCUCUUCAUUGCUAUUCCUCAGACAACCAGUCAAAUUGACCUGCCUUCUUCGACAACCAACUUUUGGCAUUAUCUUCUCAGUGGCUGUUUCUUGUGUCUUGGCAAAAACCACCAUUGUUUCCCUGGUAUUCAGAGCCACAAAGCCUGGAUCUGGGUUAAAGCGAUGGGUUGGGAAAACACUGGCUCAUUUCAUUGUCCUUCCAUGCACUCUUAUUCAAUGCACCAUUUGCAUCAUCUGGCUGGCAACCUCUCCUCCUUUUCCUGAUUUUGACAUGCACUCUGCUACUGAAGAAAUCAUUCUGAUAUGUAAUGAAGGCUCAGUCACCAUGUUUUACUGUGUCCUGGGCUACAUGGGUUUCCUGGCCAUUGCCAGCUUCAUUGUGGCCUUCCAGGCCCGCAAGUUACCUGACAGUUUUAAUGAAGCCAAGUUUAUUACAUUCAGCAUGUUGGUGUUUUGCAGUGUGUGGGUUUCCUUUGUCCCUACCUACCUAAGCACAAAAGGCAAAGCCAUGGUGGCUGUGGAGAUCUUCUCCAUCUUGUUCUCCAGUGCUGGUUUACUGGGCUGCAUCUUUUUCCCCAAAGGCUACAUUAUUGUGUUGAGGCCCGAACUGAACAGCAGGGAGCACUUAAUAAGGAGAUAG